AUUUAUUUCACUUGUCCUCUGCUCUGCAUGAAACAGAGUCCUCUGUUGGAUAUUCAUUGCAAUGAGGUUUAUUCGAACAAACAGCUUGAAGAGGCUCUUUUCCUUGAGAAGACGGGGUUUGGAGGAACAAGUUCUCAGCCCGAACGGUUCAACUUGUGAAGAAAACAAUGAGAGCUUGAAGAUUCUUCCUUAUGAAGAACCUUCUGAAAGACCCACUUGGAAAUGCUUCUCUUAUGAAGAAUUGUUUGAUGCAACCAGUGGCUUCAGCUCAGAAAAUAUGGUUGGAAAAGGAGGCUAUGCUGAGGUUUACAAGGGAACACUGAAAGAUGGUGAGGAAAUUGCUGUGAAGAGGCUCACAAGAACUUGCAGAGAUGAGAGGAAAGAGAAAGAGUUUUUAACAGAAAUUGGAACAAUUGGUCAUGUUCGCCAUUCCAACGUAUUGCCUCUUCUGGGGUGUUGUAUUGACAAUGGUCUUUACCUCGUUUUUGAGCUAUCCUCUAAAGGUUCUGUUGCAUCUGUUCUACAUGAUGAAAAAUUGACUCCAAUGGAUUGGAAAACAAGGCAUAAAAUAGCUCUUGGGACUGCACGUGGCCUCCACUACUUGCACAAAGGCUGCAAGAGGAGGAUAAUCCACCGGGACAUCAAGGCAUCAAACAUUCUAUUGACACUAGAUUUUGAACCACAGAUAUCUGAUUUUGGACUAGCAAAGUGGCUUCCAUCUCAAUGGACUCAUCAUUCAAUUGCCCCAAUAGAAGGGACAUUUGGGCACUUGGCCCCUGAGUACUACUUGCAUGGAGUUGUUGAUGAGAAGACAGAUGUAUUUGCCUUUGGUGUGUUCUUGCUAGAAGUCAUCUCUGGGAGGAAACCGGUUGAUGGGUCUCACCAAAGCUUACACAGCUGGGCUAAACCAAUUUUGAACAAGGGUGAGAUAGAACAGCUGGUAGAUCCUAGGCUUGAAGGGGCUUAUGAUGUGACACAGUUAAAAAGACUUGCCUUUGCUGCCUCUCUCUGCAUCAGGGCAUCUUCAACUUGGAGACCUACCAUGAGCGAGGUAUUAGAGAUAAUGGAGGAGGGAGAGAUUGAUAAAGAGAAGUGGAAAAUGCCAGAGGAAGAAGAAGAGCAAGAGGAAGAGUUUUGGGGUUUUGAGGAUCUGGAAUAUGAAUUUGACAGUUCCUUUUCAAUGUCUUUGCCUGACUCCACUGGAAGUACUUAGGAUAAAGGAGUUAGAUGCUGCUUUCAAUUACCUGUAUAUAUAUAUAUAUACAUGUUUC